AUGACCGCCGCAAGUAACGCCGCCACAUCCGCCGGCGGAACUUCAGGAUCAAACGGCGGCUCUGGUAACCAGGUGACGAGGCAACUGUCAGGAAGCGGACGGACAGGUGGCCAAUUCUCAUUGGCUGCGUGCGUCAACGCGAGCAGCGGAGGUGGGAUGCGCGGAGAGCGGGGUGUGCCUGCGCCCGUGCCAAUUCCGAGACGGAAAUCGGGUGCUCAACUUAUAACGGGUACAAGAGGUUCCGCCUCCAGCCUUGAGGGGAGGAGCGCGGAGCGGGGUUCAGGAUGCGCGCUUGGGGAGGCCGAGGGGGACGGCGCGCGGGGGAACGAGCAGCGGGGACUGUACGGGCGGAAUGGGGGGGCGGCAUUUGACGAAUUUGGGGGGAAAAGUGCAGAAUCGGGGAGUCUGGGAGGAGGCAUAGGGUCGUUUGGGUCCUACGAUCAAACGAGAAGCGCGGGUUCGAGUCUCCACGGCGACACUUUAGAUGAAAACGAGGAUGGCGCAGGGAGAGGCGAGAGGGGAGGGUACGGGUGGGAGGUGACUGUGGCAGCUCCUGAUAGGCCGGGGUUGCUGACGUGUUUCACGAGCGCGCUGGGGAAUGCGGGGCUGGAGUGGAACAUCAGGGAGGCGCAUGUGUUCAGCAGCAGUGAUGGCAUGGCGCUGCAGGUGUUUGUGGUGGCUCCCGAUGGCGACCACCCCUUGCAUGAUGAUGUGUUUGUGGUGGCGCCUGAUGGCGACCACCCCUUGCAUGAUGAUGUGAAAUACCUGUCCUCCUUUUCUGUUUCCGCCACUCUGCCUCCCUCAUUAUCCUUCCGCCUUCACCCACGGUGGAGCUACAGGAGGCGGUGCAGGAGCUGCGUGGCAGUGGCGGCGCGCACAGCAGAGCAGGUGCAGCUCAGCAACGUGCGCGCCGUCGUGGACGCUCUCGCAUACGAGGACUGGGCCGUGGACUACAGCGAUCUGGCCCUGGGGGAGAAGCUAGGCGGGGGAGCGUCAGGGCGGCUGCUCAGGGGGACGUACCGCGGGCAGGAGGUGGCAGUCAAGGUGCUGCAGCUCGCUCCCCAUGGGGGGGGCGCGCAGGGGGAGGGCGCACCUGGGGGCGGUGCUGCUGGGGAGGGUGGGGAGGGGACGGGGGGGAUGGGCAUGGGCAGGGGCACGGUGUGUGGGACGCUGUGUAGUGCGACGGCCAUGGAGCUGCUGCAGUGCUUCAAGCAAGAGGUCGCUAUAAUGAGGAUGGUUCGCCAUAAGAAUCUCGUGCAGUUUAUCGGAGCUUGCUCGCACUGGCCGCGACUCUUCAUCGUCACAGAGCUCAUGGCAAAGGGAAGUGUGAGGGACGUCCUGGAUCGUCACAGCGUCACCCUCUCCCUGCCGGCGCGCCUCAGGAUCCUCCGGGACGCGGCGCGCGGGCUGGACUUUCUGCACCGGAGGGGCAUCGUGCACCGCGACUUGAAAGCGGCGAACCUGCUCAUUGACGAGAACGACGUGGUGAAGCUGUGUGACUUCGGUGUGGCGCGCAUGCUGCCAUCGCGGCAGCAGGGGGGGCAGCUGAGGGGCGGGCCGGAGAAGGUGGGAGGGGCAGACAUGACAGCGGAAACAGGGACAUAUAGGUGGAUGGCGCCUGAGGUCAUGGAGCACAGGGGGUACGACCAGCGGGCGGACGUGUUCUCCUUCGCCAUCACCAUGUGGGAGGUGUUGACAGGCGACCUGCCAUACUCUGGCCUCACACCCCUGCAGGCUGCUAUCGGCGUGCUUCAGAGGAACCUCCGCCCGCCCAUUCCACCCACGCUCCCUCCUCCCAUCGCCACCCUCAUGGCUCGCUGCUGGGCGUCCGACCCUGCUGAUAGAGCCGACUUCUCCGAGGUGCUGACAGUGCUGGAAGCGUCCAUCAAGGGGGUGUCCCCUGCCGCCCUCUGCCUGGGCCCUGAUGCCGCCUCCCCUGCUGCUGCUGGAGGGGGAAUCACAGGGGCAGGUUCAGGGGCAGGGGGAGGGGCAGGGGGAGUGGCAAGGGUGCGGGAUUUGACAGCGGGGGGAGGGAGCUCUUCCUCUCUGGGCAGUUUGUUUCGGCGGUCCAUCUUCGGGGCUGUCAAGAAGCACUGA